AGGCAUGGUCCUGGGUCCUGGUUCCCUCUCAUUGACAACAGCCUUCCCGAGCCGAGGCGUUAGGUGUCAUUCCACCUGCCUGGUCCCCGGCGCCAUUUGGCUUUUGACGUGGGUCUGAGCCAAGGAAUCACGCCAGCAUCCCUGGCGGCUGCCAGCCCUGUGCUGGGCCUCCUGGCUCCCGCUCCCCGGGGCGGGUAGUGGAGCGCGCAGAGCCGCCGCGUCACCGCUGUCCUCUGGGUGGCCCCAGCGCGCACCACAGCUCUUUCAGCCCUGGAAGGUGAGGCGAGAGGAGGCUGGUGCUGAGCUCGCCAACUCCACCCGGGCCCGGCAGACAAAAGAGGCCUGCGGUGCAGCUCGCGAGGACGCGAUGGCCCGCGCGGAGGACGAGUGCUGCUGGCGUUCUGCGCUGCCCUGGUGGCCGGCGGGUGGCUGCUGGCGGCGGAAGCCCAGGACCCCGGGGCGCCCGCGGCUGGCAUGCGGCGGCGCCGGCGGCUGCAGCAGGAGGACGGCAUCUCCUUCGAGUACCACCGCUACCCCGAGCUGCGCGAGGCGCUGGUGUCCGUCUGGCUGCAGUGCACCGCCAUCAGCAGGAUCUACACAGUCGGGCGCAGCUUCGAAGGCCGGGAGCUCCUGGUCAUCGAACUGUCUGACAACCCGGGGAUCCAUGAGCCCGGUGAACCUGAGUUUAAAUACAUUGGGAACAUGCACGGUAAUGAGGCAGUUGGACGAGAACUGCUCAUUUUCUUGGCCCAGUACCUGUGUAACGAGUACCAGAAAGGGAAUGAGACCAUCGUCAACCUGAUCCACAGCACCCGAAUUCAUAUCAUGCCCUCCUUGAACCCCGACGGCUUUGAGAAGGCGGCAUCUCAGCCAGGUGAGCUGAAGGAUUGGUUCGUAGGCCGCAGCAAUGCCCAGGGAAUAGACCUGAACCGGAACUUUCCGGACCUGGACAGGAUCGUGUAUGUUAAUGAGAAAGAAGGCGGUCCCAACAACCAUCUGCUGAAGAAUCUGAAGAAAAUUGUGGAUCAAAAUGCAAAGCUGGCCCCGGAGACCAAGGCUGUCAUCCACUGGAUUAUGGACAUUCCCUUUGUGCUCUCGGCCAAUCUGCAUGGAGGAGACCUUGUGGCCAAUUACCCAUAUGAUGAGACAAGGAGCGGCACCGCUCACGAAUACAGUUCCUGCCCCGAUGACGCCGUUUUCCAAAGCUUGGCCCGAGCGUACUCUUCUUUCAACCCAGUCAUGUCCAACCCCAAUAGACCUCCCUGUCGGAAGAAUGACGACGACAGCAGUUUUGUGGAUGGAACGACCAACGGCGGGGCGUGGUACAGUGUGCCGGGCGGAAUGCAAGACUUCAAUUACCUGAGCAGCAACUGCUUCGAGAUCACUGUGGAACUCAGCUGCGAGAAGUUCCCACCUGAAGAGACCCUCAAAAGCUAUUGGGAAGACAACAAAAACUCCCUCAUCAGCUACCUGGAGCAGAUACACCGAGGAGUUAAAGGAUUUGUCCGCGAUCUUCAAGGUAACCCGAUUGCCAACGCAACCAUCUCCGUGGAUGGGAUAGACCACGAUAUCACUUCGGCUAAGGAUGGAGAUUACUGGCGAUUGCUUGCGCCUGGAAACUAUAAACUUACAGCCUCAGCUCCUGGCUACCUGGCAAUAACGAAGAAAGUGGCAGUUCCCUUCAGCCCUGCCGUUGGGGUUGACUUUGAGCUGGAGUCUUUCUCUGAAAGAAAAGAGGAGGAGAAGGAAGAGUUGAUGGAGUGGUGGAAAAUGAUGUCAGAGACUUUAAAUUUUUAAGAAAGGCUUCGAACUAAUUGCUUUAAUCUAUCUAUAAAACGUAGUAAGAUGCAACGUGGCUCUUUUAUUUUAGAUCGUGUGAAGUUACUAUUUAACACUGAUUUGUUUUCGAUCAUUUGAGCAGUAAUUGAUAUUACUUAAAUAUACGCAGACAUAAAUGUAAGGUCUUCAUCUACUUCAUUCUCUAACUGGCAUUCGCUUCUCCAUGUAGCUUUAAAAAAAUAGCUCUUUUAAUGGAAUUGGUGACAAUGUCCCCUAAUGGAUGCCAUAAAAAAGCCAACAGUAGCCUGGAGUUUUGAGCACUGUACUGCCAGAAUUGCAUAGUUCUGUAUAAGUUGUCCUGUGUCGCUUGUGCUGGUUCGCUUGUCUGAGCAUGAUCCUGUUAAUGCACUGCCUCUGGGAAGAAAAUGUACGUGUUUCAUAGUGGCUUUGAACGGAGUGAAAAACCUACUUCCGGCUUGUGCUUUAAAGAGUGGUAUUGUUUCAUUAGUCAGCCUGUUAAUGCCACUUCAGAGUCUGGGGUUUUGUCUUGAUUGCAGAUUGGCCCAGAAUUGCAUUCUGAAUGAAUAAAGGUUUUAAAAAAA